CAACCCCCCUCGGCCGUGGCGAAAAAGUCAUGCCCGACUACCCCCGCCCCGACUUUCAACGUCCCGACCUCAACUGGACCUCCCUCGAUGGCGCGUGGGAUUUCCUCUUCGACGAUGCCGACCACGGGCUGACGCAGGGCUGGCACCACCAGGGCCUCCCGGCCCAGACCGACACCCACCCGCGCGGCCGCAUCCAGGUCCCCUAUGCCUUCCAGACCCCGGCCUUGGGCAUUGGUCUCCACGAGGCCCACGAGGUCCUGUGGUACGAGCGCCCGCUGACGGACAUCCGCACCGCCGCCGAGCAGGCCCGCGGCCACCGGCUGGUCCUCCGCUUCGGGGCCGUGGACUACGAGUGCACCGUCUGGGUCGAUGGCCAGCGCGUCGGGGGCCAUCGCGGCGGCCACGUCCCCUUUGACCUCGACGUCUCUGAUGCCUUUCGGUCCGAGGGACCCCCCGCCACGCGCCGGCUGACCCUCCGCGUGCGGGAUUCCCCGUAUGACCUCAGCCAGCCGCGGGGGAAGCAGUACUGGGGCCCCGUGCCCGACUCCAUCUUCUACACCCCGACCAGUGGCAUUUGGCAGUCCGUCUGGCUGGAGAGCCUCCCCCGCAUGCGGCUCGGAGGAAGCAGCGAGGGCACCGUGUUGCGAUCGGAUGACAUUGCCGGUGGCCACCUGCACGCCCGGGUCGCGGUGCUGGGGCGCCCGGCGGGCACCAAGCCCCAGGUGGAAGUGGAGGCCCGUCUCGGCGGCGUGCUGGUGAGUCGCGGCCGACAGCAUCUGGUCUCCGACCGCGAUUGGGCCAGUGUCGAUGUGGACAUGCGCGUCUCGGAUCCCACGCCCCUGCAGGUCCGCGAUGCGGCCUGGAAGGGUGGAGUCGCCCUCUGGGCCCCGGAACACCCCGUGCUGUAUGACCUGACGCUGCGCCUGUGCGACGAGUCCGGGGGUCUCGUGGACACCGUCGAGAGUACCACGGGGAUGCGCAGGAUCUCCUGGACCCGUGGUGAUGGCACCUUCCGCCUCAAUGGCAAGCCGUGCUUUCAGACCCUGGUGUUGGAUCAGGGAUACUGGCCCGAGACCGGUCUCACGCCGCCGUCCCAGGCGGCCCUGCGCGCCGAUAUCGAGAUGGCCCAGCGCAUGGGCCUCAACGGCUGUCGGAAGCACCAGAAGGUGGAGGAUCCGGUGUUCCACUACUGGGCCGACCGGCUGGGAUUCCUGGUCUGGGGCGAGAUCGCGAACGGCUACGCGUUUGGCGACGACUACAUCGACCGCUUCAACAGCGAGUGGACGGAGGCGGUGCGGCGCGACCUCAACCACCCCUGCAUCGUGGCCUGGACCCCGUUCAACGAGAGCUGGGGGUAUCCGUCGCUGAAGGACAACGUCGACCAGCGCAACCACAUCCGCGCCGUCUACUACCUGACCAAGACCCUCGAUCCCACGCGUCCCAUCAACGACAACUGCGGCUGGGAGCACGUCUGCACGGACCUGACCACCUACCAUGACUAUUCGGACUCGAUCGAGCUGGCCUCCUCCUGUGCGGACCUGGAGCGCGGCAUCCUGGGUAAGAAAUCCGAUCGCGACAUGUUCGUCGGCCCGGUGGCGCAGGACGCGGGCAGCCGCCAUGCCCCCGGCGCCCCGGUGAUCUGUUCGGAAUUUGGCGGGGUGAACAUCGUCCCCGCCAAGGGCACCGCCGCGGGCGAUCGGGACUGGGGCUACACGACCGCCAGUGACCCCGAGGACCUGCUGGCCCGGCUGGACAGGUUGGUCAUGGGCAUCGUUCAGGGCGGACACACCUGUGGGCUGGUGUAUACCCAGCUAUGUGACAUCGAACAAGAGGUGAACGGCUUGUAUUCGUAUGAUCGAAAGGAAAAGGUCCCGGCGGAUCGGGUCAAGGCCCUUAUGGAUGCGGCUCACCGAUUCUAUCAUGAAAGGGUGGCCCCGAAGGAGGGUGCCGUGUGAAUCAGAGGGAUGGCUCGUGCCGGCUAUGUAUGCUAAGUGCUAUGCAUGCAAAUUAUGCAACGUGGCAUAAACCCUCAAACACACGGUCCCAUACAUCCAAGGCUAUUUCCUAUGUACUAUAGCGUAGGCAAUGGCUGUCGUGGAGAGUGACAUGAGGACUCCGAUUGAGAAUUGUUUUGACUUGCGUGUUUACAUAACCAUGAUGUGGAGUCAUGUCCUUGGAACCCAGGGUUUACUCGGUACCAUACUGAAUCAGAUGGGAAUGUAUAGAUUUCGUUACGAG